AUGGCGUGGCGCCUGCUCCUCGCCUUCUACCUGUUGGACCUCCACGAGCUGGGUGAGACGAUGCCAACGGAGGAUGCUCGACCACCCACCAGCGACCUCGACAAUGCCACGAACCCUUGGACAACACGCGGUUGGAACGAACAGGAAAUCGAGGAAGCAAGGGCCAGGACUUGGUCCUAUGACACGUGGACGCCCACCGCCAUGCCCUGGACGAGCCCGUCGGCUUGGGAUGAUCCGCAAGCAGAGAGCUCCGCGUCUUUGCCGCCAGCGCCUUCUACCUGGAGUGGACAAUCUAUUUGGGAUGACCCCGCGCUGGACCCGCCUGUCACGUCCGAGACGCCAACCUUGGUGGGGACAGCAUCCUGCUCCUCCGGGACACUCUCGGACCUCAGCAAGUACUUACGGGACCAGGGUGAUUUCGUCGAGUACAUCGUCAGCGGCCUUCCCGUGCUCUACCUGGACGUCUUCUCCGUCUAUGACAGCUGGCCCAUCGAGAGGUAUGCCUUGGACUCCAGGAAGAAGAAAUUGCGAGUUGGCAAGAUGCAGGACACGGUGAAGAGGCUGAUCCACAAAGCGACUGGCUGGAAGCACUACAAGAUGCACGUUCUCUUCGGGGAAAAGCACGGGAAGAACAAGGCCGACCUCCGCAUGGCAGAGACCCCUCGACGCUGA